AUGUCACACUUCUACAAUGCCUAUCCGCCAAGAGUGUCCGGAUCCAGUAUGUCCGAAGGUGUUGGUAUAGGCGUAACAAAUGCACUUUCCACAAUGGGAUUCUCUUCCUUGCUCCAAACGAGAAGCGCGCUCAGCAUCCAUACGUCAGGCUGCCUUUUCUGGAGCAGCUUCCCACGACUGAAUACUUGUCCAGCUCUCAAAGUUGCUGUCCCAUGUGACCCACUCUCCGUCUUCUUCUCUGUAUCGAAACCUCGCGCCCCGCUCCAGGCUCUUUGCCAGAUCAGCUUUCUUCGCAACGACUCAUGGAGCGGUCAGCAAAUAGGUAGCAGCCGCUGCGCUUUCUACCUCAGUCAUCUUACCAUCUGCCUGGAUGCACGAAGCGGAAGCACAUCGAAGAGCCAAAAUCGCCGGGGCCAGCUCGGAUGCUUGGCCAAUUGCCCAACAACCGCGAUUCGAUUGCCCUAUAUCCUGGAGCGUGGCCUGUCUGUAUGCAACUUGCUUUGCGUUGGGAAUCGUACUCGACUUACACAAUCUCUUCAGGAGCACACCAUAGAUGGCGCCCAGCCUCGUUCGCAAUUCCGCAACCCAUGUGGCCGACUGAGAGAUGCUAAGACCCUGGAACGGGUUGACGGAGUAGGAGUAGUACAGCCGCAGAAGAGAAAAAUGUUUCCACGCGACUCGAGCAUCCGAUUAACCCGGCGCAUCGAUUUUCUCAGGCAACUUGAGGCGCGCGUGCACCUCGCCGUACACAAAUUCGAAAGCUUCGAAGCGAAUUUGACGACAUGUGAGCAGAAGCGCGACUCGCGUCCUCUUGCGCUUGAAAUGGCGUUGACGCGCAUUCAAGCGAAUGAACGAUGUGUCGACGACAUCUGCAAAGACAUGAGAGUAUAUGAUAUUUCGUAUUUCGCCCGGGAGGGCGAGGAGAUGAUCGGAGAGAAGAUGGCGAAAGGUUUUAAAGUCCAAAAUGCAAGGCGGGUGGCAAGAUCGCGUUCACUAGACUUUCCUCACUUUCUGUUGAUCGUCGAAGGCACCCCGGGUCGCGCAAACAUUUGUUGCACAUUGGGCAUACACCCACGAUGGCCCACGACAAGUCAUUCGGUACUCCGUCUGGCUUGGAUUUGCUUUACUAUAUCCAUACAUACGGACCUAUCAAAGAGAAACGCGCAAGGUCAGCCAGGGAAAGACUUGAAGGGCCCAACCAAGAUUGCUCGCGAACAUCACAAAACAAUCUCCGGUUCCGCGGGGACGAAGCUCACCUAGGAAAUAUGAGAGAAAUUCACCUAGGCCGUAAGCCUUUGAAGCUCACUCGAAGUGAAGCUCACUCGAAGAUGGAAUAUCGUCUUCUCAUUUGC